AUGGAUGAACCUAGUAAUGAUGCAGACGUAAUGGGGACAAGUUGUGGAGACAACGAAUAUGCAGAGAUUUUUCCAUCUAUUGGGAUGAGAUUUGAUGACCUAAAUGCGGCGUAUAGUUUCUAUAAUGAGUAUUCCAGCAAGAGUGGUUUUAGUGUUCGCCUACAUCAAACAAAUUAUUCAAGGAAAAGGGAGUUAGAUGGAUCAAGACGGGUUCUAUCGAAGAGGUUUGUUUGUUAUAAAGAAGGUUUUAGAAAUAUAAACAAGAAUCAGAAGGGAAGAGAGAAGAGUGGUUUAGGUCCUACACAAAUUACAGAUGUAAUUGUGGAAAUCUUUAAUGAUCAACAUAAUAUUGGUGUGUCAGAGGUUAAGGAUCCUGGAUUCAUAUAUUCCAUCAAUUUCGCUAACAAUGGGAUGCUCAGUGGAAUUUUUUGGCUGGAUAGUAGAGCGAGGUCUACUUAUAAGUUGUUCAGUGUUGUCGUGGUUUUUGACACAACAAACAAGAAGAACCAAUAUCGAUGGCCAUUUGCGCCAGUCACAGGCGUUAACAACCAUGGGCAUUCUAUUAUGUUUGGAUGUUGCUCAAGGUGUGGAUGA